UCUUUCAUCCUAUUACUCAUCGCAUUUCAUAGCACUCACCCUCAUUACCAACACGAAAGCAUAGCCAAAACCUUUUUUCGAAGUCUCUGAUUUUCCUAAUGGCUCCGGCAAAGGCAGAGAAGAAGCCGGCGGAGAAGAAGCCAGCGGCGGAGAAGGCACCGGCGGAGAAGAAGCCGAAGGCGGAGAAGAAGAUCUCGAAGGAAGGAGGGAGCGAGAAGAAGAAGAAGCGCACGAAGAAGAGCGUGGAGACCUACAAGAUCUACAUCUUCAAGGUCCUCAAGCAGGUUCACCCCGACAUUGGUAUUUCCAGCAAGGCCAUGGGCAUCAUGAACAGCUUCAUCAACGACAUCUUCGAGAAGCUCGCCCAGGAAGCGUCGCGUUUGGCUCGCUACAACAAGAAGCCCACCAUCACCUCGAGGGAGAUCCAGACCGCCGUGCGUCUCGUGCUCCCUGGUGAAUUGGCCAAACACGCCGUUUCUGAAGGGACCAAGGCGGUUACCAAGUUUACCAGCUCUUGAAUUAGGGUUUGUUAGGCGGUUGUGUUGCAGAUCUAGGGUUUUCUGUGGAUUUCUUUUCUUAAAAAUUAGUUUGUAGAUGUAAUGAUCUGAACAGUUGUUAAUGGAAGGUUUCGUUUGAAUAAUUAUAAUUGCAUGACUGUGGAUUACUUUUU